AUGGAGGGGUACCAUGGCACUGAGUGUGACAGGGCAUCUGAGACCUCGUCCUUCAUAGAGGAUGAAGAAGAAGAGGAGGAGGCAGCUGUGGACCCAGAGGAAGCGGAGGAGCUGACUAACAGUUUAAAAGAUCUUAUCCAAAGUGAAGAUGUGAAACCCAAGCUGCAGUACAUCAUGACUAACCCUUCCUUUUCUAUGGUAACAGUUCAAAGUGAAGAUAGUGGGAUAACCUGGGAAACCAGCUCAAGCAGAUGUUCUACUCCCUGGGUGUCAGAAACUAGUACAACUUCUGAUCUUUACAGUAUGGAAAGUUCACCAGUAGGUUCUCCUCCAGGAAAAGUUAUCUUUAGUAUGGAUGAAGGUAAGAUUGUUCGGAAAAGGAAGAGUAAAUCUUCAAAUAGGGUGCUGAUGCCUACAAAUCUGAAGGGAGGCCAGGGCAAUAAAAAACGUGACUCUUCUGGAAUGCAGAGGCAAGAACCAAGAACUGUUCUAGGAGAGGUGCAGGGCUCAGUGUUAAACGUUGAACAGAUGGAAGCACAAGAUGAUACAGAUGAGGAAAUGUUGGAUGACAAAGAAGAUCUAGAGACCAUUGCAGAAGAGCCAGUAAAACGUGCUACAAUAAUAUCAAUAUUUAGAGAAAGCAGACUGAGAAAAGUAGGGCUGAUCCUUGGAGGACCAGUACAAGCUAGAAUCCAGCUGUUCAACUCAAUUUUUGGAGGGACUGGGCCAGCCCCUGAAACACUAGAGAAAACUAGAAUCCAGAGAAGUAGCUCAGUUUCAGGAGAUUCUGAACAGUUCCUUGAAGCAUCAGUAAAAGAAAGAUUGCAGAAGUUCAGUUCACUUUCAGAAGCAACACAUCCAAAACCUUUCCAGAAAGCAAGAAGUAGAAAUCUUGAAACACCAUCAGAGAGAAGAAGGGAGCAAAGACAGCAACCCGCAGCACAUUCAAAUCAAAGCUAUUCUUCACCAACAAUGCCUCUUGAAAAACGGCUUACUAAUAAAGAUGAUGUUUCAUUUGAAAAUGUUAAACCCGUUAAAAUGAAAGAUAAACCAAACAGAUUUUCAAGCUUUGGUGCAGAAACAACUCUUCAGCGUGAAGAAAGAAAAGACAGGCAAUCUCUUUUGGAGACUCUAAAUCAGGUAUCGGGACAGUCACUGAAGUCCUGCCCUCCUGAAGAAGCCAGGAAGCAGCAAAGUUAUUCACCUGCGGCCAAAACGGCAAUAACAGAGCAAUCAACAUCCGUUUCAUUAGAAUCUGAUGAUAAAUCAGAGAAACAAGUGCUGCUUCCUUCAGUUGAAACUGCAAACAAGAAACCAGACCAAUCCCUGCUGACAGCAUCAGAUCCUCUGGAUGAACUGAUGGAGCAGGAAAUUCAGCCCAAUUCUGCACUACAGUCUGUUUCAGCAGAUUUUGUUAAUGAAUUAGAUAGACAAAGUACCCAACCUAUUUUGCCUACAGCAUCCAUGUCAGAACAUCCUGAGAGGGAAGCACAGAAGUCAGCAGUUCAGUCUUACUUACCUAGUGCUCCAUCAACUAAAUCCAAAUAUUCCACUCUAUCUGAAACAAGACAGGAGAAUAUUCCUCAGUCAUCAGAAACUGCAAAAUCUGAGUCUGAACACGUACUUUUACCACAUUCUGUAUAUGAAACAGAGAAGCAAGAAACUGAAUGUCACUCAUCAACAACUGCAUGGUCAGAAACUGAGCAUUCAGGUCUAUUGCAUUCUGCUAAAAAAAAAGAGAGUCAAAAGACCCCACCACCAGAAACACAAAAUGUUCACUUAGAGAAGCAAACAGAGUCCGAACGAGACUUUUCCUCCUCCCUUCAGGAAACAGAGGAGCAAGGUAUUAAACUAAAUUCACCUAUUCCUGAAAAGACAGAUUCUAAAUAUUUUGGCAUUUCAUAUCCUAUUUGCACAGAAACACAAGAAACUCAGAAAACUUCAGCUGUAAAUAAAGCAGUAGAUUUGGAUCACCCUGAUUUUUCCAUUGAAAAAAACAAACAAGCAGAGAGUGCACAAAUGGAGAUGGAGCGUCCAGAUUUCUCAUAUUCCAGAGAAGAAACAGAGGAAUCGGAGAGUGCACAACUGGAGACAGAAUAUCCUGAAUUGCUUUUUUCCAUGAAAGAAACAGAGGAAUUGGAGAGUGCCCACCUGGAGACAGAGCAGCCAGAUUUCUCAUAUUCCAUGGAAAAAACAGAAGAAUUUGAGAGUGCACAGCUGGAGAUGGAGCAUCCAGACUUUUCUUUUUCCAGGGAAGAAACGGAGGAAUUGGAAAGUGCACAGCUGGAAACAGAACAUCAGGAGUUUUUAUUUUCCAGGGAAGAAACGGAGGAAUUGGAAAGUGCACAGCUGGAAACAGAACAUCAGGAGUUUUUAUUUUCCAGGGAAGAAACAGAAAAACAAAAAUCUGUUCCUUUUGAACUGGAACAGCCAGAGUCUUAUUCCCCUGAAGAAGCAGAGCAAGAAGAAACAGCACAGCUUGCAUUGGAACCUUCAGAUUUAUCAUGUUUGAUGGAAGAAGCAGAGAAAGAAAACACUACAGAACUCCAAUUGGUACAUCCAGAUAUGUCUGAUUCCACUGGAAGAGCUGAGACACAGCAAACUGGGUAUCUGGAAACAGCACAUUCAGAUUUACCAUAUCCCAUGAAUAAAACAAAGCAGCAAGAAUUGGCACAAGUAGAUUUGGACAAUUCUAUUAUGUCAUAUUUUAGUGACAAAGGAGAACAGCCACAGCCUGUACAGCAGGAUUCACAACCUGGAGGUAAGCUGUAUUCCCGUGCCAAGGGAGUGCAAGGAGAAACUACUCAACUGCAGUCAGAGCAUCCAGUUUUGUCAUAUUCUACUGGAAAAGAACAGCAACAUAAAACCUCACAGAUGAGGGUAGAACAGCUGGAUACAUCAUAUUCCACUGGCAAAACUGAACAACAGGAAAUAUUGCAACCAAAGUUGGAACAAGCAGAUUCGCCAUAUUCCCAUGGAGAAACAGCACAACAAGCUGUACAAAAAGACUUAGAAGGUCCAGAGCCAUCAUGUUUCAUUAGUGAAGCAGAGCAACAUGAAAAUGUACAACUAGCUUCAGAAAAUAGGGAUUUCUCAUUUACCACUGGAGAAGUAAUGCAAGAAAGAGUGGAGUCAGGAUCUUUGGGCUCAUCACAUUUGAUUGACAGAGCAAAGCCCCGGGAAAUGGCACAAUUGGAGCAGGAGCAUUUGCUUCCCUCCUAUUCCACUGCUGGUAGUCAGCAACAGGAAGCCACACCGCUGGAUUUGGCCCAGCCAGAUAUAUCGUAUUCCUUUGGCAGAAUGGAACAACAAGAUAUAGUACAAAGAGAGCUGGAACAGCAGGAAACAGCCCAACAAAAAGCUAUGCAAAUGGAACUGGAGUAUUCAGAUUUGUCAGAAACCCGGGGGAAAGAAGAGCCACAGGACAUCAUAGACCAAAUGAAUUUGGCACAGCAAGAAACAGCUCAACCAGAGUUAGUGCAUCCGUCUUUGCCAUAUUCUUUCAGUGAACAAAUACAAAAAGAAAUGCAAAUGGAGCCAGCAUAUCCAGAAUGGACAUUUUAUGUAAGUACAGAAAUGCAGAAGAAAAUGACACAACACAAAUCAGAGCAACCAUUUCUUUCAUAUUUUACUGGCAAAACAGAGCAACAAGAAAUAGUAUGUUCAGAGCUGGAGCAAACAUUUUUGCCUUCUUCCAGUGGAAAAGAAGCUCCACUGGAAAUGGAAAUGAGUUCAGAAUAUCCAGAUUUGUCAUGUUCCUUUCAUGAAGCUGAACAACAAGAAAAGUUGGAACAUCCAACCUUACCAUUUAGUUUGAAGCAACAGGAAACUGCACCACUGGUGAUGGAACAUCCAGAUUUUUCAUGUGACAGUGGUGAAGCAAAACCAGGCAACACUGUAGAGCAGGAGUCAGAACAUCCAGAGCUGUCAUACUCCAUGGGAGAAACACGAGAAUCAGAACAUUUGGAUUCACCAGGAACCCUGGGUGAAGCAGCACAAAAUGAAAGUAUGGAAGUGGAAUCUAAAUACCCAAAUUUGUCAUGUUCUGAUGGCCAAAAGAACCAGCAAGAAACUUCACAAUUGGAUUCAAAAUAUCCAGAUUUAUCAUUUUUCUUUGGUAAAGCCAAAGAACAAGCAACUCAAGAGUUUGAGCCAAAACAUCAAAAAUUGCCUGAAGUGGCCAGAAAAAGAGCUUCUCAAGCAACUGCACAAAUAGAGUCAAAACAUCUAGAUUUGAUAUAUUCCCUUGGCAAAGCAGAUGAGCUGGAAAUUGCACCAUGGGAAAUGAAACAUCCUGAUUUGUCACAUUCCACUGAUGAGACAAACCAACAAGAAGUAGUACUGUUGGAUCAGAAACACAGAAAAAUUUCUGUUGACAGAGAAAAGCAGCAGCAAACCACAAACCAGCAGUUAGAGAAAGAAAAGUUAUCAUAUUCUCCUGGCAAAACAGAGCAAUUAAAAUAUGCCCAAGAGGACUUGGAACAACUAGAUUUAUCAUUUUCCAUUGACAGGCCAGAUGAUGAAAUGGCCCCACCAGAGACAGAACAUGCUGAUGUGAUAUAUCCUCUGGACAAAGCAGAGGUACGACGAAGAGUACGACAAGAAUCAGAGCAAACAGGUUUAACUUCCCCCUUUGGAAAAGCAGAACAGAAAACAGUUCAGCCAGACGUGGAAAUUCCACAUUUGGCCCAUUCUGUGGGUACGACAGAACAAAAAGAAAUGGCAGAACCAGGGCAGGGACAUCCUGACUUGCCUUAUUCUGUUUUCAAAGCAGGAGGACUGCAAACUGCACAGCUGAAACCUGAAUACCCUGGUCUAGCAUGUUCCCUUGACAAAGUGCAGGAAACGACCCAGCUGAGGUUGGAACAGCUGGAUGUGUUGUAUGUCCAUGACAAAACAGAGCAACUCCCACCUGCCCAGCUGGAGCUGGGCCACACAGACUUGGCAUCCCCUGCUGACAAAGUGGGGCAGCAAGGGAUGGAGCACACAGCCUUGGGAUACCCUGAUGAGGGACAAUCUGUCAGCAGAGCAGAGUAUCCACAAUCCACAAAAGAGAAACUAGGACUUCCAGAUGCAUCAUCUUAUAAUGGAAAAGCAGAGCAAAGAGAAAUGGCAAAACUAGAGCUGAAGCAUCCUGAUUUAUCAUAUUCCAUUGAUAAAACACAGCCACGAUUGCAUUCCACUGGCACAGUACAGCAACAAGAAAAGGUUCAACCAGAGCUGGAACAGCCAGGUGAUUUUUCAUCAUCUCUUGGCAAAGAAGAGCAAUGGGAAAGUGCAGGAAUGCAGGCAGAACACCCUGAGCUGCAGUGCUCUAUGGGGAAAACAGAACGACUGCAAAAUUCCCAAGCAAAAUCAGAAUAUGUAGAUUUGUCAUUCUCUGUUGGCACAGCAGAAACUCAUAAAACAACACAGCCACAGUUGAAAGAACAUGAUUUGUUGCAUUCUUUUGUCAAAACAAAGCAAUCAUGGGCUGCCCCACUGGAGUCUGAACAUCCAGACAUCUCAGAUGCCAUGGGCAAAGUACUGCACCCUGAUUUGUCCUCUUCUGUUAGUGAAGAAAAACGAAGUGCACAACUGGAGUUCAAACAGGAGAGGGGAAGCUAUGCAUUACACCCAGAGGAAACAGCACGACUGAAAUUGGAAUGGCUGAUGUUGUCAAGUUCUCAUGGCACAGCAGAGCAACCAAAUAGGGCCCCACUGGAAGGGGAAUUCCCAGACUUCUUGUAUUCCUCUGGUUUAUCACUUUCACUUGGCAAAACAGAAAAACAGGAAACUGCACAAGCAGGGUUCAUGCCUUCUGAUUUUUCAUAUUCCACGGGAAAAGCAGAGCAGUUGCAAAUGGAACGACUAAAAUCAAAACGUCCAGAUUUGUCAUAUUCUCUUGGUGAAGCAGAGACUCGAGGAAUAAAACCACCAGGUUUAUUGUACUCCUAUGGCAAAGCAGAGCAGCCACAGGCUGCCCAGCUGGAGCACCCAGAAAUGUCAUACUUCGCAGAUGAAAUGGAGCGGGAGGAUGGGGCCCAACCUGAACUGCAGUGCGUUAAUUUGCAGUACUCUGUUGUUGAAACAGAGCUACCAGAAACACCUUCUGUAUCAUAUACCGUUGGCAGGAUCGAGGAGCAGGAAACUGCACAACUGGACUUUGAACAAUCAGAUUUAUCAAGUUCUACUGACAAAGCAGAAAAGCAUGAAACAGCCCUGCUGAGAGCAGGACGUUCAGAGAAGCAAGACACUGGGGCUACUUCAUCUCUAACUGCUCAGUUGGAAACUGAACAACAAGAUUUAUCCUUUUCCACUGAGGAAGCAGAGAGCCAAAAAAUGAAACCAUAUUCAUCUCUUCCUGAACAAACAGUGUCUGUACCUUUGGGUAUUUCACAUUCCGUUUCUGCAACAAAAACGGAAGGAAGUCCAAAGUCUUCACCUGUAACUGGAGGCCUGUCCCCCAAGCACUUAGAUUUAUCUUACACCCAUUGUAAAACAGAACAGUCAGAAACUGCCCAGCCUGCGUCAGGUUUCUUCUUUGCAAGAAAAGCAGCAGAGAAUACAAAUGUUCAUCCACAUUUGCCUGUGGCUGCACAGUCAGAGGCUGAACAUGUAAUUUUACCUGAAACAGAGAGAGAACAGACUCCACAUUACUUCCACACAGCUACACAAUUAGAAUCUGAACAAUUAAAUUUAUCAUAUUCUAUAGAUAAAGCAGAAACUCUAGAAAGUCAAGAUUAUUUAACUGUACCUUCAAAACUGGAAUCUGAACCUUCAGAUCCAUUUUAUUCAGUUGAUGAAACAUGUCAGCAAGAAAUUCCACCUUAUUCAAAACCUGCCUCUCAGUAUUUGGUUCCCACAUGGUCCCUUGCUGAACAAGAAAAGCAAAGCAUGCAGCUACUUAUUCCCCAGUCUGCACAAUCAGAGUGUAAACAUGUAAUUCCACCACAUGAUGAAAAAGAAUUGCAAAAAAUUCAGCUAUAUUCACCUAAACCAGCAAGCUUGAAGACAGUGCAGUUGGAGAGUAUCUCUCUAACGUGCACACAAGACCAAGAUGAGCAAGAAUCCCAAGAUCAUUUGUUGGACACAGAAUAUUUGUCAUCAGAGCAGCUAAGAAGUCCCCCCCAAUUCACUACUGAGCAGGAUAAGCAAGAAAUGCAACCUGAUGUGCAGAAAGUACCAAGGUUGGUGACCACAGAGUCAAAGGUGACUGCUGUAGCAGACCGGCAAGCAGUGUUGUCAGAUUCAUUUGUACCUUUUCAUACGUUACCUGAAAUGUCAGUAUCAGUGGCUUUCACUGAUGAUGAAGAGAAACAAAAUAUUCCAUCAUCUUUAUCCGAUGUAGUAGGCAUGCUUGGAAAGCAAUCUAACGUAGUUUCAGACAUUUAUACUGAAGGAGAGGAUAGACAUGAAAUGCAACCAUAUUUUGCAGAGCAAAAGCACACAUCCUUAGAGCAUCUGGGAGCUGUUUCAUCAGAUCUUGUUUAUGAAACUGUGACACACCAAACUCAGCAUUAUUCUGGUGAAUGGAGCAGCCUUUCUUCAGCAGAGAUGAAAUCCGUUUGCUCUAGUUCUGAUGAAAAGCAGAACCCAGAUAUUCCAUCUUUUGGGCUAGCUAGCUGGCUGGCAGAAGAGGUGAAAGCUUGCUCAAUUAGUCCAAUAAGAGCUACAGAAGUAGACAAGCAAGGAAUUCAACUUUCUCCAAAUGAAGCUUCUGAUUUUGGAUCAAAACAAUUCCCAGCUGGAAGUUGCACAGAACUUACAGUUCAUGGUACUACAAAGAAUAAAGGAGAUAUGUUUAGAGUUUCUGAUUCAGUGUCAAGUGAAAUUUCCCACAGAAUGUCCUCAGAAACUAGUCACAGAGCACAAAGGUAUGAUUUACCAUCCCUGGGAGGAGAUAAUCCAGGUCCAGACAAAACUAGCAUUGGAAACCCUACAAAAAUGGAAGCAAUGCAACAUCUGGAGGUAGACAAAGUGUCUGAAGUGCCUGAACAUUACCUGAGAAGAGAAGAAGAAGAAAUGGAACAUGUGAGUGCUGUAGAAGACAGUCAGCAUGCUCCAGAACCUACUGAACAAAAAGAUCUAUUUAAUAUUAUUUCAGAAGGUUAUGAAAUACUCAGUAUUCAUGCUCCUACACAUAUUUCUUCUGUUGAUCAAGAAGAAAGUAAACACAUGCCAGAUAAACUAGAAUACUUGGAAACAAAUCCUUCAUUUAAAAGCAAAUUAGCUGAUGAUGGCCAUAGAGCCUUAGCUUCUGGAACAACCACAGAAAUUUCAGAAAGCUCAGUGUUGGGAAAGCCUGCAAGCCAUGAGCUAAAAGAAUUGGUCAAAAAUGAUGAUGAUGUUGAGGAAACUGAAGAAACACAACAAGAAAAUUCCAUGUUGCCAGAAAACAAUAAUAAUGCAGUGUUGGAUCCUAAUAAUGGUAUGGCCGAUACGGAUUAUUUUGAAAAAUAUACCUUGAUUGAUGACAAAUCCCCAAUUAAGCCACAUUUUGAAAGGCCAAGUUCAUUGUUUCCUGUGAUAGAAGAUCCCAAUGAACCUGUGGAAGAAGCCACAUCUUUUAAAGAAAGCGCUGAGGUAGAUACUUUGGAAGAGGAGUUUUCCUUACUUGAGGAUCUGGAUGAAGUCUUUUACGGUACUGUGAAAGGAGAAAGCAAAAUACAGUCCUAUGCAGAUGCUCCAAAACCUUUACCUCUGCAGAAAUCAAUUGACAUUAGUAGUAAAAAAGUUACAAAUGUAGAAGAUGAACAGAAGUCACUAGGGACCCCACUCUUUGAUUCAGAAGGAGUGCUAGAACGAUCUCUGUUGUUCCCUACCACUGUUGCUGCAGUUAAUCCAGAGCUUCUAGAGGAGCCACCUGCUCUGUCAUUUUUAUACAAGGACCUCUAUGCAGAAGCAGUAGGAAAAAAGACAAAGGAUGAGACUCCUUCUGAUGAGGAAAGUGGUAAUUCUAAUGUGUCUUUCCCUAGUAGAAAUUCAGACACAGAUGAUGGAAUGGGAAUAUAUUUUGAAAAAUACAUUCUUAAAGAUGAAAUUCCAAGUAAGGCCAUAGGGCCUCAAAAGGAUCAGAUACCAGAGGAUGAGUCUUUUAGUGGAGGAAUUUCAGUUCAGAGUUCAGAGGACAAACACAAGCAGGGGUCUGGUGAUGUUUCACGUGUCAGAACUGAGAUUCUGCAAGAAAGGGGUGUUGUGGAGAGAGAGAAAGUCCAGGUUGACAGUGACAUUCAAGCAACAAUUUGUAAACCAAUGCAUUCUAUUCCUUUUGGAAGCAAAGUAAUUCUUUCAGGUGCAAGAAGUGAUACCACUGAACAAAGAGAAGAAGAAAAUGUACCUGUAGAAACAACUGAGGAACUGCCAGAGCAGUCAAGUCAUCAAGAGUAUAGUCAACUAGUGGAUUAUCAGGGAGCUGCAUAUCAAGAAGCUGGUAAUAAGCAGGAAGAACAGCAUGAAAUAACAGCAGUUCCUCAAAUGGAAAAAUAUGUCCCAUAUGUCAGGACUCCUGUUGAAGACAGUGAAGAUGAUCAGUAUACCCAGGAAAAUCUUUCACAUGUCCCUACCAUUCAGCAAACAGAGAAGCCAGACUUGCAAAGAGAGGAGCAGCACCCUGAUGUUUAUGAAGAUCUCGCUGAGUCAAUGGACUAUGAUGUGAUUACGCAAGAAGAACUUUUGCAAGAUGUAAUAUCUGAAUUCACACACGAGGAGCUAUUAUUUGAAGACAGGGACUCUUUUGAGCAUGUUGGUGAUAGUUAUGAAUUUGAUAAUGAGCAAAGAACACCUGUUGAGCUUGAAGAUUCAGGCUUUGUGGUGAUGUAUCCUGAAAAAUCAGCAACAAACAUUCCUCAAGUUGAGAGCCCACAAAGAGAACUGAAGAAAGCGCAAGCAGACACAUAUUGUUACCACUGCAAAUGCCCAAUAUCUGCUAUUGACAAGCUUUUUGGAGAACAUAAAGACCAUGAAGUCACAACACUAGAUGCUGCUGCAACCAAGAUGAAGGAUCAGUUAGGUGAAUUGCUAAUAGCACUGGAAGAAAAGUCAAUGAAGAUUGAAGAGUUUGUGAGUGAUAUUGAAUCGCUAUUUAACUCUGUUGAGGAAAACUGUAAGAAAAAUGCAGAGUUAUUGGAAAAGCAGAAUGAAGAGAUGCUUAAGAAAGUGGUAGCACAAUAUGAUCAGAAAUCAGAGAACUUUGAGGAAGUGAAGAAGGUGAAAAUGGAGUACCUGUAUGAGCAGAUUGUUAACUUCCAGCAAACUGUUGAUUCAGCGAAGGAAACUUUGGAGACAACAGCAAAAGAAAUGGAAGAACUCGAUGGAUUUGUUUUCCUAAAUUCAUCUAAAGAAUUGAAUAAAAGGUUACUUUCUGCAAUGGAUACUACUCUCUCUUUAGAAAAGGUGCCCAGUGCUUUUUCACUGUUUGAGCAUUACGUGGACAGUCCAGGAAAAAGCAACCAGCACUCCUUAAAACAUACGGCUGUCCCGCAGACACCAACUGUCAUACCUCAGGAACCAAACUCAGCUACCAGCACCUCCAUUGCCGUCUACUGGGCUGUGAACAACGGGGACACCAUCGACUGCUUCCAGGUCUAUUGUAUGGAGGAGCCACAAACCAGCAAAGAUGUGGGGGCUUUGGUGGAAGAAUACAGAGUGACAGUGAAGGAGAGCCACUGCAUUUUGGAGGACCUGGAGCCGGAUCGCUGUUACAGUGUGUGGGUCAUGGCUGUGAACUGCACAGGCUGUAGCUUACCCAGUGAAAAAGCCAUUUUUAAAACGGCGCCCGCUGUCCCCACCAUCAAGGCCGAGGACUGCACAGUGUGUUGGGACACGGCCACCAUCCGCUGGCGUGCCAGCUUGGCGGCGAUGGAGUCCUUCACUCUGGAGUACUGCCGACAGCAUUCACUGGAAGGAGAGGGUCUCAGGUCUUUUGCUAGUAUAAAGAGACCUGAACUGAAAGUAUCCCUGGAGCCCAAUGUGACCUAUUUCUUCUACUUGAGGGCUGUCAACCCAUUUGGGACAAGUGAACAAAGUGAAGCUGCUCUCAUCUCAACUAAAGGAACUCGAUUUCGCCUACUGAGCGACACAGCCCAUCCCGCUUUGCAGAUCUCCCCCGAUGCAACUGUGAUCCGCCUUCCCGAGAAAGCCAAAUUCACUGGGUUUCCUUCAAUCCUGGGUGAACUGCUGCCUGCUCGGGGCUGUCAUUACUGGGAAACCGUUGUCUCUGCCUGCAGAAGCUAUAGGAUUGGGAUUUGCUACGAGGCAACAUCACAGAGCAGUGUCCUGGGGCUGAGUGAUACCUCCUGGUGCAUGCGCUGCUGUCCUACACAAACCAGCUUUCUUUACAGAUUUCUUCACAUCGAUGUGAUGAGUGAUGUCCAUGUGACAGAACACCCGGCCAGGAUCGGCAUCCUGUUGGAUUACAGUGAUGGCAGACUAUUGUUCUUCAAUGCAGAGAGAGGACUGGUGCUGUUCGCCAUCAGGCACAAAUUUACUGAUGCUGCUCACCCGACCUUUGCCCUGGAGAAGGCUGGAACGCUUACCCUGCGCACAGGAAUGGAGCUGCCAGAGUUUGUGAAGCACAGCUAAUCCCAUGCUUCACACUCUCAGGAAAA